AUGUCUGAUAUAAACUUUGGUUCAGAUUCAGCUAUGUCCUCAGAUCCGGCUGGCACAAACAGGGUCCAUAUAGUCGUCAAUGUUCUCUCUCUUGAACGUGUAUGGGACACACUCACAUUGAUACAUAUCCCACUUGCUCUCCCACAUGAUGGUGGUAUUGAAUUUCUAUUGGUUAGUGCUAAUGUGACGUCAUUGAUUUUACCUUCUGGAUCGGUAGUGAUCGAAUUCUGUAGCGAUGACCGUGUGGAAGAUGAUGGAUUUGCGUUCGAUUUCCGACUUAUGCCAAUACGCGAUGGUAAUAACAUGUCAUGUGAAAAGAUGGCUGAGGACACGGAAUUCGCUUGCUCAUCUGGAAUGCAAUUCGUCGACAUCAUCGCAAGGUGUGAUUGGAAGGUUGACUGUCAUGAUGUUUCAGACGAAGUCGGCUGUGGAAGUUGUCCAUUGAAUGGCUACCAGUGUAAAGGGAGUGAUAUCUGUCUCCUGAUGGAGUUCCUGUGUGAUGGUUGGUCUGAUUGUCCUCUAGGAGAUGAUGAACACAAUUGUUCCCUUCAAUGUCCCACCGGAUACACGUGUGGUCACUCACCAUAUAACAUCAAGUAUGAACCGAGACACGACUGUGGACCAUCAGACUGGUUACCUUUCUGGGUUAAUGCUUCAAGUGGCUGGAGAACAGACUACGGUAACAUCACCGCUAAACUUGCAAUUAUUCUGUGA